AUGAAGUUUGCUAAGACAUUAGAGCGAACCUUAGAGGAGGAUGAGAUUCCACAAGAAUGGGUCGAGGCAGCCAUUCAGUAUAAAGCAUUGAAGAAAUGUAUCAAUAAGGUUGUAAAUGAAUUAGAAUUUUUAGGACUACAGAAAAACACUUUGAAAAUAUUGUUAAAUGACAAAGUGGUGGAAGUAAAUGAACAAGAAACUAAUCCCAACAAUCCUAUUAUUGCAGAAUACAUAUUAAGCAAGACCUCUACAGAUGCUCAUAACAUAAAGCCAAUGCUAAAGAUUACAUUGGAUUAUUCCACUGAAGAUUACACCAAGGAUCACAUAGUAGAGUUAGGAAAGGAGUUGAAACUGAAAAUCGAAGCCUUAUUGAAUGAUACUGAUACUGAAUACGAGGAAGAUAAGAUUAUUGAAUUGAAAGAAGAUGAUGGAGGAGACUUGCAAAUUGUGACCAGUAGAGAAGGGUCAUUAUCACCACCAGCAUCACGUAUGGCAUCUCCUCCUACUUCACCAACUAUAAAAGUUGUUGAUAGUUCCAACACUAAUAUAGACGAAGCACUAUUAUCCCCCGAAGAUCACCAUAAAAAGCACGAAAUAUUCAUCAUGUUAAAUUCCGAUUCCAAGUUUUUCGAUAUGUUAAACGAUGAACUUACCAGUUUGGAUUCAUUGACCCAACUGGAAGAAUCAAAGAUAAUUGAGGAGGUUAAAAAAAUAGCCAAAUAUGUCAAUGAAUUAAAGCUAAAGCAGUCAGAAUUAUAUAAAUGGAGAGAAUUGUUUAAAGUGUAUCUUGACUCGGAAGUUUAUUUCAAAUAUAAUGAAACUGCUUUAUCAUCUCAACAGAAAAGUAGUGAACAAAUCAAACUGAAUUUGGAUUUAUUUGUCACCAACUUGAAGAAAUCAGGUAUUAUGACUCAAUUCAAGAAGAAGCAAAGUUUAGAAACAUUUAAUCAGUUUUUGGAAAUGAAUUAUCAUUUGUUAAAGAUUUUACAAUUUCAAACAAUCAACAAUGAAGCUUUACGAAAGAUUUUAAAAAAAUUUGAUAAACAAACUUCAUUGGGAAUUCAGAAAACUUUCCCAAAAUUGAUUUCCAACGAUCAUAUUUUCAUGAGUGGGACAUCUUUGGCCCAAUCAAUUUGUUAUAUUAUUCAGGAAUCGGUCAUCAAGGUGAUACCACAAUUGGAUGAUUAUUCAUGUCCUAUCUGUAUGAAUAUAGCGUAUAAGCCAAUUCGUUUGUCCUGUGGACAUUUAUUUUGCGUUCGAUGCUUAGUCAAAAUGAAGCAAGAUGAUAAAACAAGCUGUCCCUUGUGUAGAAAAGAAAAUGCUAUAUUGUAUGCUGAUAGUUCUAAUUUGGACUUGGAAUCAAUGGAAUUAAUGAAGAAAUAUUUCCCACGCGAGGUUAAGGAGAAAUUACGAGAGAGGGAUAAAGAAAGAUACAAUGAAUUGAGAAAGAAUGCUAAUACCGGUGAGAAAUGUAUUAUCAUGUAA